CAGAUAAAUAUUUAAGUAGAAAAGUUACCGUAAAUCUUAAAAAUAAAUAAGAAUUAAUUCAAAAAAGUGUGUGCCGAAUUUUUGUGUACCUAUUUGUGUGUGUGUUUUGUUUACGGAUCAACAAAAGUUGUGUGACUAGUAAAGUUUAAAAAAGUUGGUGUUGCUUUGAACCGGCGAAAAGUUUGAGAAGCGAUGUGAUGGUACAAGAUGGAGCAACCACGCAUAGCUUGGUUGCGCAACCAGUUGCAAAGCUUUCUAUGGAAGAUGGACACCAAGAUUUGAGCGAAGCAUGCUGGUAGGAGAAGAUUAAGAUGGAUUCCAAUUUGUCGCCCACCAAUGUGGCGCCAGAAUUUAAUGAAACGACAGUACAAUAUGAAGAGGCGGAAGACCCUGACGCAGUCACACUUCUGUCCAUUUUGCUCGUCGGUAUAUUUCUCUCCCUCCUGAUAUUCGUGAGCACAGCUGGCAACAUCCUGGUCUGUAUAGCAAUAUACACAGACAGAGGGUUGAGACGGAUCGGCAACCUGUUUCUGGCAUCGCUGGCAAUUGCUGACAUGCUUGUUGCAGCAGCUGUCAUGACGUUUGCUGGAGUAAACGAUUUAUUGGGAUACUGGGUGUUCGGCGAGCAGUUCUGCGACACGUGGGUGGCGUGUGACGUCAUGUGCUCCACAGCCUCCAUACUGAACCUGUGCGCCAUCUCCCUCGACCGUUACAUCCACAUCAAAGAUCCUUUGAGAUACGGUCGCUGGGUGACCCGCCGCGUAGCCAUAGUGACUAUCGCUGCAAUAUGGCUACUAGCAGUGCUGGUCAGCUUCCUGCCAAUCUCCCUGGGUCUACACCGACCUCCUGAUGAAGAGAUGGCCACGCAGAGACCUCCUCGGCACCCGACGUGCGCUCUAGUACUCACACCGACCUAUGCCAUCGUUUCCAGCUGCAUAUCAUUCAUACUGCCUUGCAUUGUUAUGAUCAGCAUAUACUGCAGGCUAUACUGCUACGCCCAAAAGCACGUCAAAUCAAUCCGAGCAGUCACCAGGACGGUACAGCUCCCUGACAACCGGACCAAGUCCGUCCGUACCAGAGUUCAUACCCACGUCCACUCGUCCCCGUACCAUGUAUCAGACCACAAGGCAGCUAUCACUGUGGGGAUUAUCAUGGGGGUGUUCCUGCUAUGCUGGGUGCCUUUCUUCUGCGUCAACAUCGUAGCUGCGUUCUGUAAAACAUGCAUACCGGAUCUCGCGUUCAAAAUCCUGACGUGGCUCGGCUAUUCGAAUUCCGCCUUCAAUCCAAUCAUUUACUCUAUAUUCAACACGGAGUUCCGCGAGGCGUUUAAAAAAAUCCUCACGUCCAGAUACCCGCCCUGUUGUGGUUACCAAACUGUUCGAGCACACACACCGACUAGAAACGACAAUUUCGUCACUGAUUACGGAACCAAGACUUUAGUCGUAAGACGAAGUGGAUCGCUAGGGUUGUCGGGUGUUGAUCCGACUCCCAGGUCGUCUGCUGAGUCUGUGAAGCCUUUGAGGGAUUACCACAUUUGACAAGAAGACGGGGGUAGCAAUAAUGGUCUACUCGAUAAAAGUGAUGUUGUUUAAGUGUACUAGACUUUCUAUUUUAGAGUUUGGACUCUCGUAAGUGUAACAUAUAUUAAUAAAGUAAGUAUGGUAAUGUAACUUCAUGCCAUGCAAAGCAUUGUAUCUAAUUGUAGAUUUUUUCUUAGACACCCUACAAACACCCGACAACACCACAUAACAUCAGGUGUCUUCGGGUGUUGAUGAGUGUUGUCGGGUGUUGUUCGGUGUUAUCGAGUGAGAUGUGUAGUGGUGGGUGUUUCUUGUAUGUCCAGGACGAAAACUUAGUUUUAAGAAGUGGAUCACUAGGGUUGUCUGGUGAGUCUGUCAAACCUUUGACAGAUCACCACAUUUGACAAGAAAACGGGGAUAGCAAUAAUGGACUACUCGAUGUUGAUGAGUGUGAUGUAAUAGACUUUAUAUUGUAGCUUGGACUAUCAUAGGUGUAUUAUCAAUAGUAUGAUAGUGAACUUAAGUUUAAAAUACGUCCAAUCCAUCAUCACGUAAAGCAUCGUUUGAAAUCUUAGUAUUUCUAAGACGCCUUAUAAACGCCCGACAACCUUACACAAAUCAGGGGUCGUCUAAAGUGUUGUCAGAUGUUGUCGGGUGCCGUUGAGUGUUUUAGGACGUGAUGGUAUCAACUGAGUGUUUCUGUAAUGCUGCAGCUGUUAGGAGAAGUGGCUCAUUUUAGGGCGGUCUGGAAUAUUUGAUCCUACUCCUGGUCUUCUAAGUGUAUUAUCAUAGUAUACUAUAAGUAUGACACAAUGCGAUCAAAUCCUAGUUUUUUCUAACACACCAUACACACAAAAUCCAAUGUCGUUGGAUGUUGUCGGAUCAUCGGUUCAUUA